CCAUUUAAUGAUGUAGCCACUACUGCGGCAAUCAACGGGUAGCGGACAAACCGUAUCAUAGACACUUGAAGGGCCCCCGCAAGUAGCCGUGCCUCGCCUCUGAAUCUUGGUAAUAUACAGUAACGAUGGAUACAGAAGGUGCUCCUCUUGACGAGGGCGCCCCGGAUCCGUGGGAGGGCGCAGAUGGCGGGCAAGCCGAAGCCCUGGCUCUCGCGAGCCCACUGUUGCUGCCGUACGAGCGGCAGCUGAUUGAGGAGUGCAUACAGGACGACUCCCUCAUCAUCACAGCCGCGGGAUUGGGCUGGCAGCGGGUGGUGGCGGUGCUGCUGCGGAUUGCCCAGCGGGCCCGCAUUGCAGAGGUGCAGCGCGCGCAGGAACAGCAACAGGAACAGCAGCAACAGCGCUCGGGCGCAGCCGCCGCCACAACCGCCACAGCCGUUACAGUCGCCGCGGCUUGCGCACUGCCGGGCUCCACGACAUCGCCGCAGCCGCAGCCCGGCGGCAACCCAGGCGCCACCCCGGUUGCCACCGCCACCUCGACCUCCGCCCGCGCUGCCCCCGCUCCCCCCUCCAACUGCGGCUGUGUGCUGGUGCUGGGUGCGGCGCCUUGGCAGCGGCAGCUGAUCUGCUCCGAGCUGGCCCGCCACGACCCCGCCCUGCCGCCGCCCCUGGACAUCACCAACGAGGUGCCGGCGGCGGAGCGACUGGCUCUGUACGGCGGCGGGGGUGCCCCCGGCAGGCCACUGUUCAUCACCCCCCGCAUCCUGGUGGUGGACCUCCUGGCCCGGCGAGUGCGGGCGCACCAGAUGGCGGGGCUGCUGCUGCUGAACGCGCACCGGGCCACGGACACCAGUGGAGAGGGCUUCGCGGUGGCGCUGCUGCGGGCCGACCAGCAGCAGCAGCAGCAGCAGCAGCACCGGGGCGGAGGGGGAGGAGGAGGAGGAGGGGGCCUGGGUCCGGGCCGGUGCUGGGUGCGCGGCAUCAGCGAUGUGCCCACAGCCUUCAACCAGGGCUUUAACAAGGUGGAGAAGGUGAUGAAGGCUCUGCAGGUGCGGCGGCUGCACCUGUGGCCGCGCUUCCAGGAGCAAGUGCGGCAGUGCCUGGACACACACAAGCCAGUGGUGGUGGAGUGGGAGCAGGAGCUGUCUGGCCCCAUGGUGCUGAUCCAGGCGGCGCUGCUGGAGGUGCUGGAGGGACUGAUCCGGGAGCUCAAGAGGACAAACAAGUCACUGGACACCUCGGAGCUGGUGCUGGAGGCGGGCGUGCUCAAGUCGUUUGACGAGAUCGUGCGGCGGCAGCUGGACCCCAUCUGGCACACCGUGGGCUGGAAGACACGCCGCAUCUGCACCGACCUGCGCACCCUGCGUGAGCUGUCGGCGGUGCUGCUGGCCGUGGACCCCGUCACCUUCCUGGCGCACCUGGAGGGACUGAGGCAGAGCGAGGGCGUGCGCUGCGUGUGGCUCUUCCACGACGCCACACACGCAGUGUUCGAGCAGGCACGCCGGCGCGUGUACGUGUACCGCCAGCCCGGUGACAAGGCCGCGGCGGGGGCAGGCACCGCUGCAGGGGCGGCAGGGACAACAGGGCCAGGCGGCGGCGGCGGCGGGUCUGAGGUGGAGGCUGUGCUUGAGGAGCCGCCCAAGUGGGGUCUGCUGGCAGAGGUGCUGAAGGAGGUGCAGCGGCAGCGGGCGCAGCUCAGGAGCCUGGAGCCGGAGCGGCAGGGGCAACAGGAGGGGCAGGAGGGGCAGGAGGGGGAGGUGCAAAAGAGGCGGCGGCAGCAGCAGCAAGCGGGGGUGGGGCCAGGGCCUGCCCAGGAGGUGGUGGAGCUGCUGGCGGACAGUGGGGACGACAGCGACGUGGUGGAGGUGGAGGUGGAGGUGGUGGGCGGCAGGGGCAGGGAGGAGGCGGCCGCCGCCGGGCAGGUCGGCGCAGGCCAGGCCGCCGGGACGGGGGCCGCCCCUACAGGUGCACCUGCGCCUGCCGGUGUGGACGUGGACGUGGGCGCACUGCUGGAGGAGCUGGGGCUGGACUGGGGCGCGGCAGCGGGGGCAGCGGGCGGCGGCCGGGAGGAGGGCGGCGGCGGGGUGGCCGGUGCAGACCGGGCUGCCAGCGGUGCGGGGGCGUCCACCUCGGCGGGCGGCGGCGGGGGCAGUGCCGCGGCGGGCGCAGGCGGGCGGGCGGCGGCGGGUGCGGGGCGGGUGCAGCUGAGUGCGGAGGAGCUGCGGCGGCUGGCGGCGGCGGGGCGGGCGCCUGUGCUGGUGGUGGCGCGGGAGCUGCACUCGGCCCGACUGCUGGAGAGGGUGGUGCGGGCAGGCGGCCGUGCGGUGCUGCAGCAGCUGUAUGAGAGCUACCUGGUCAGCAAGCUGCAGGGGGCAGGCGGAGGAGGAGGCGGAGGAGGAGCGCGUGCUGGAGAGGAAGGCGGCGGCGGCAGGGGCGGGCGGGGUGCCGGCCGCGGCGGGCGAGGCGGUCGGGGUGGCUGGCGGCGCGGCGGUCGGGGUGGCGGGCGGCGGGACGGCGGUCCAGACCUGGACGACGUGGGGCGCGGCCCCGUGCUGAGGCCGGGCGAGGCGCAGGCGCUCCUAGCGGAGGCUCAGCGGGUAGGCGCGGAGCUGCUGGGCGGCGGCACGGCAGGGGCACGUGGCGGGACAGGGGCGGGAGGGGGCAAGCGGGCCAAGACCAGCCACGGCGCCGGCGGCGGACGCGUCGAGGCGGGCGGCGGACGGGGCCGGGGCCGGGGCCGGGGCUCCAGUAGGCAGCGCAAACCGGACGACUCACCGGUGCGUGUGGCGGCGGCGGCCGAUGAAGAGGAGGAGGUGGAUGUGGACGGGAAUGACGCCCACAUGCCAGAUGGGGAGGACGUGCUGCAGGCGGAGGCAAGUGCUGCUCCUGCGGCAGGAGGGGGAGAAGGAGGAGGAGGAGGCCUCAGAGGCCGCGGCCGCGGCGGCAGCGGUCGCGGCCGAGGCGGGCGUGCAGGGGCGGCGGCCGCCACAGGGGCGGCGGGUAAGGCGGCCAGCCGCAGGCGGCGGCGCAGUUGCGGCAACGAGGAGGAGGAGGCAGACGGUGAGGGAGCGGCAGAUGAGGAUGCAGAGGCAGGCGCGACCAGUGCCGCCGCCGCGGCGCUGCUGCAGGGUGGCGGCAGUGGCACUGGCGCAUACGGCACUGCGGAGCAAGGGGCUCCAGGCAGUAGGGCUGGCGCCGCCGCCGCCCCUGCCUCCGACAGCCGCGCCUGCCCUCUGCUGUCAGACGUGCACUUUGUGGCCUUGGACGCACACGACGAGUUUGUGUUGUGGCGGCUGCGGCCCGGAGUCAUCAUCAUGUACGAGCCAGACCUGGCCUUCCUGCGCCAGGUGGAGGUGUACCAGGCCGAGCGCACCGCGGCGGGCGGCCCGCCGCUGUGGCUGCACAGCCUGUGCUACGCGCAGUCGCUGGAGGCGCAGCGCUUCCGGGCGGGUGUGGGCCGCGAGCGCGACACGCUGCUGCGCCUCAUCGCGGCCAAGCAGCACAUACUGCUGCCCACUCCCGCGGCACUGGGGGCGGGCGGCGCGGGCCCUGUGGACGUGGGCGGCCGGGGCGCCCUGAACGCCGACCUGUGGCUGGACGUGUACAGCGCCAACGCCCUCACGCGCACCGCCGGGGGCAGGAGCAUGCAGGCGGCGGCAGGAGCCGGACCCGUGGGCCCGGGCGGCCGCGGGCGGCUGGUGGUGGAUGUGCGCGAGUUCAUGAGCGGCCUGCCCGCGGUGCUGUACAAGCAGGGUUUCGAGCUGCUGCCAGUGACUCUGGAGGUGGGUGACUACGUGCUCAGUCCCCAGCUGGUGGUGGAGCGCAAGUCACUGCCAGACCUCACAGCCAGUCUGGCCAGCGGCAGGCUGUACCACCAGGCCGAGGUGAUGUGCCGCCACUACGCGCGGCCGCUGCUGCUCAUCGAGUUCGACCCCGACCGCCAGUUCGGCCUGCAGUCGCCCGCCGAACUGGGGGACGACAUAGACCCAAAGAACAUCAUCUCCAAACUCACACUGCUCACAACACACUUCCCCAAGCUCAGGCUGCUGUGGUCCCGCUCGCCGCACGCCACCGCCGACCUGUUUGCAGCGCUCAAGUCCAACCAGGACCAGCCCGACGCGGCGGCGGCGGCGCUGGUGGGCGUGCCACUGGGGCCGGACGGAGCACCGCUGCCCAUUGGGGCGCCGGGGGGUGCGGGGGCUACUGGGGCGGCUGCGGGCGGCGGCCCGGGGCAGCUGCUGGAGGCGGUGAUGAACCAGCCCGCCAUGGAGCUGCUGAGGCGGCUGCCGGGAGUGAACGACUCCAACUACCGAGCGCUGCUGGGCCACAUCCCCAGUCUGGCGGCGCUGGCGGACACGCCGCUGGCCCGCCUGGAGGCCGUCAUGGGCAGCGCCAAGAACGCCCGGGCGCUGAGGGAGUUCCUGGACGCGCCCUGCCCACGGCUGUAGCGCUGACGGAGGGAGGGGGCAGGCGGGACUGGGUGAACGCCAGGCGCCUUGCGGGCUUGGUAUGUGGAUGGCGGGUGAGCUAGCGCCGAGGAGUGGCGAUGUACGGCAUGAUGCAAGGGUGUUGCCAAGACGCAACCCGGUCUCGCCCGGGGCAUGCCCAUACCCGCCGCACCGUCCCGCGCCCAUCCCAUUCGAAAGCUUGUGUGUACAUGCUCCAAGACAUGUUGUUAGAGCCCUGAGGCGACCCGCCCGCUCGUCGAAAUCGCAAGUUGCGUCCACAUGCCGCCACGCUUGCCCUGUUGCCCCUCGGGAUACCAUCCCCACCGUCCUCAUCUCUCCUCAGCGCCUUGCAGUGCAGCUCUCCUUCCACAAAGUACCCGGCUCUGUAUGGAAACUGCUUGACUGAAUAUCGUACGCGUGUAGUACGUUAAUGCCUGGAGGUAGGCCUGUCCGUUUGGUACCUUGCCUGCUGCAAUGUGUCAGCCGCUCAGCGUGUCUGCCAGGACCGCCAGGCCCUGAGCUGCAUGCGGCCCACUGCUGACGGCGUUCGGGGCUUCGGGCUGACGGCACGUUGAGCUGGAGGCCGCUGGUCGUUCGGUGCCGGAGCGCAACCGUGCGGGUCAGGGGCAUGUUACGGGUGGCCAGUCAGUGUUUGUCAGGCGGUAUAUCGCUGGCAUUGUCACAGCUAGCGCAUUAGUAUGGCUGACAGGUGAAUGAAACAGGGCAGGCUGGGAAAUGGCGCGGUAAACCUCUGCCUC